UCCCCCGGUUAAACUUCAACCAGAGAAGAAGAAGAAGAAGAAGUGUCACCGGAGCGACCCGCAGAGCUGACUCUUCACUGCAACCCACAGGGAUUGGCUGUUGUUGGGGAUCGAUGGACCUCCGAGAUUCAUGAAUUCCUCCGAGGAUUUCCACCGAAAUGAGAACGGUUGGCAGAUUUCCGUCAUCAUCGUCCCCGCCCUUCUCUCCGCCUCCACCCUGCUGAGCGUCGUCUUCAUCCUCUGGAGACUCUUCUGGAGGAAGAGAGAGAAAAAACCAGAUGCCGGAGAUGCUCGGGACGGUGAUUGGGCGGUGAACAUGGGCGGGGUCUAUGACGAUCCUCUCGGGGCCCCGGACCCCACGCUGGAGAUUAAGCAGCUGCCGCGGGAUUGGAGGAUCGAGGACAGGGCGGUCCUCUGUGUGGGACACUUCGGUCCAAUCAGUCGGGCCGUUCUUGUCGGGAAGGGGGAGGAGAGACGUGAGGUCAUCUUGAAGGAAUUGUCCGAGAGCUGCAGCCCCGGGGAGGUUCAGGACUUCAUGGACCUCCUGAAGUUCUACAAUGAAGUCUGCGAUCACGGGGGCGUGGUCCGGAUGUUGUGGUGUCAGACGGAGGCCCCGCCUACCUGUCUCAUCAUGGAGGCCAUGACACUCGGCAAUCUGCUGCUCUUCCUGCGGGAAUCACAUGAGGAGGGAGUGACCGACCCCCCGAGCGCCGUCUGGAGCAUCACCGAGCGAGACGUCUUCUCCAUGGCGACACAGGUGGCGGGCGGACUGGAAUAUCUGGGCGGGGCGCACGGUCUGGUACACGGGUACGUGGCGGCGUGUAACGUCCUCCUCCACGAGGAUAUGAGCGUCCGGCUGUGUGGACUGGGAUUGGCCAGUGUUCAGCACCGGACCGGGUCCUUCCCAACCAGGAGAGCCGCCCGGGUUCCCGUAAAAUGGCAAUCGCCGGAACGGCUGAGAGAGGCGAGCGUCACCGAGAAGAGCGAUGUGUGGUCGUUCGGGAUCUUCCUGUAUGAGAUGGUGACUCUAGGCGCCCCGCCGUACCCGGACGUGGAUCCUGCAAAGAUUCCAAAGACGCUGAAAAAGAAUUACAAAAUGGCGAAACCGCGACAAUGUGGAGAGCGGCUGUAUGAUGUCAUGACCAGUUGUUGGCAGUGGGAGGAGCUUAAGCGGCCGUGCUUCACCGACCUCCUGAAACAGCUGCAGAGCUUCUCCGCCGAGGCCGAUGGAAGCGCUCCGCUCGGAGCCACCGACACCCUGAGCUGGGCCGAGUACCUCCGAGUGGCCGGGAUCCCAUCCUGAGAAGAGAGAGGAGUGGCUCCGGGGGGGGGGGAGGUGACGGCACAGAUGAUGACCCACCUCCAGCCACUUAUCACAGACGGCCAAUGAGACCCCCACCCUGACCGGACAUAAGAGGGCGGGACUUACCAUGGAGUAGGAGGCGGGGAUCCACGCGGAUCUGAUAAACUUUAUUUCUCUCUUCUAUUUACAAACUUACAAACAGAAAAUAUUCACAUCAAUCACAUAGACAAUUAUCUGGGGGCGGAGCUCCUCCAUGGAGAACCAUCGUCCCUCUCCCUGGCGGGCGGAGAAUUCCCCUCCUCCGGUGUGACAGGAAAUGGCGGCAAUGUGGGGACACAAGUCCCAGGGAAUGUGGGGGAGGGGUGGCGUCUCCCGGUCUCCAUUGUUUGUUGUCUUCUGGAUUCCGAGGACGAGGGGCCCCGGGGGGCCGGUCCAGAGAGAGACCUCCAUAUAACUGCGUCUAUCACAGCAAACCCACGCCAAUGUCAGGUCACACAGCGACCACCCGCGUGCGUCACACCUUGAAGCUCCACAGGGCCUCCGGGAAGAGGAUGUAGGACAUGGACCAUACCAAGUGGUACAAACAGGCCAGGGGGGAGAAGGAGCACAGCAUCAUCAACACACCUGCAAAGAGACAGCAACUGUCAGAGACUCCUCCUCCAUCUGCAUGUAAACUCCUCCUACACUCCACUUUUCUACCACACCCUAUGGAAACCCCUCCCACUUCUCUGUAUGUAGACCCCUCCCACACUUCUGAUGCACCCAGCUGUAUGUAGACUCCUCCCUCUUAUAGAUUGCCCCACCCAGCUGUAGGUAGACUGCUCCCCCCACUUUUAUACCACACCCUAUGGAAACCCCUCCCUCUUAUCUGUUGCUACACCUGACUGUAUGUAGACCCCUCCCACACUUCUAAUGCACCCAGUUGUAUGUAGACUCCUCCCACACUCUGCAGCCACACCCAGCUGUAUGUAGACCCCCCCACAUUUCUGAUGCACCCAGCUGUAUGUAGACUCCUCCCUCUUAUAGAUUGCCACACCCAGCUGUAUGUAGACUCCUCCCUCUUAUAGAUUGCCACACCCAGCUGUAUGUAGACUCCUCCCUCUUAUAGAUUGCCCCACCCAGUUGUAUAGAGAAUCCUCCCCGACUCUGCAGCCACACCCAGCUGUAUGUAGACUCCUCCCUCUUAUAGAUUGCCCCACCCAGCUGUAUGUAGACUCCUCCCUCUUAUAGAUUGCCCCACCCAGCUGUAUGUAGACUCCCCCCCCCCACUCUGCAGCCACACCCAGCUGUAUGUAGACUCCUCCCUCUUAUAGAGUGCCCCACCCAUCUGUAUGUAGACUCCUCCCCCACUCUUCAGCCACACCCAGCUGUAUGUAGACUCCUCCCUCUUAUAGAUUUCCCCACCCAGUUGUAUAGAGACUCCUCCUCGACACUGCAGCCACACCGAGCUGUAUGUAGACUCCUCCCUCUUUUAGAUUGCCCCACCCAGCUGUAGGUAGACUGCUCCCCCCACUUUUAUACCACACCCUAUGGAAACCCCUCCCUCUUAUCUGUAGCUACACCUGACUGUAUGUAGACCCCUCCCACACUUCUAAUGCACCCAGUUGUAUGUAGACUCCUCCCUCUUAUAGAUUGCCCUACCCAGUUGUAUGUAGACUCCUCCCACACUCUGCAGCCACACCCAGCUGUAUGUAGACCUCCCCACUUUUCUGAUGCACCCAGCUGUAUGUAGACUCCUCCCUCUUAUAGAUUGCCACACCCAGCUGUAUGUAGACUCCUCCCUCUUAUAGAUUGCCACACCCAGCUGUAUGUAGACUCCUCCCUCUUAUAGAUUACCACACCCAGCUGUAUGUAGACUCCUCCCUCUUAUAGAUUGCCACACCCAGCUGUAUGUAGCCCCCCCCCCCCACACUUCUGAUGCACCCAGCUGUAUGUAGACUCCUCCCUCUUACAGAUUGCCCCACCCAGCUGUAUUUAGACUCCUCCCCCACUCUGCAGCCACACCCAGCUGUAUGUAGCCCCCCCCUGUAUCUCCUAUGGGGGGGAGGGGUGAAUUGUAUGAAAUGUAGAAGAAGAAAUUUGCACUUUUUUUUGUUUGUUUUUUCUGCUGUAAAAUGUGGAAAAUAUUCAUCUUUGUUCUUCAUUGUGA